AGAGCGAGAGCGAGGCUGAACACACACACACACACACACACACUGUGAGCGGCGCCAUGCACUACCGUCGCACCGACAGCUAGCCAAGCCGAAAUGCCACCUGAAGCCCCGGCCGCGAAAUGCUCGACCGAGGGGCAAACGUCUGUUGUGUCGCCGCUCCCAGGUGUGAAGAAGAGACUACGUGUGGUUUAAAAAUGGCGAUGUAUUGAGUCGUACUUUUCCGUCUCGCGCGGUGUAGCGUGGCAGCGGCAGUGGAACGUUCCCAAAGUUGUCGGUUAGCAGGGCGCGUGUGAAGGAUCGGACUUAAAGGGGCAGCGCGCAGCCGUUGGAGCCGUUGGAGCCGUUGGAGCCGCAAACAUGGAGAAGCAGCAGCAGAGCGAUUUGGAGCGAGAGCGACAGUACUGUGAACUUUGUGGGAAAAUGGAGAACCUCCUCAAGUGCGGUAGGUGCCGGAGCUCCUUCUACUGCAGCAAGGAGCACCAGAAGCAGCACUGGAAGAAACACAAGCUCAUUUGUAAGGAGGCGGACAGGGCGCAGCUUCCCAAACAGAAGCCCGAGCAGACGACGCCGCCGCCGCCUCAACCCCCACCACUACCGCCGCCGCCGCCGCCGCCGCCACCACCGGGGGACGACGAGGCACCGGAGAAACACCCGGAGCAGGCGGACAGCGCAGCUCUACCACCAACCGCAGACGCGUCUGGGCUCGGCGACAGACCGGGAGAGGACGGGUCCUCCAACGACACCGCCACACCUAACGGACAAACUAGCUCAUCCCCUCAGAAACUCGCCACGGAGUACAUUGUCCCGUGCAUGAACAAGCAUGGCAUCUGCGUGGUGGACAACUUUUUAGGAGCCGAGACCGGGCUGGGCAUUUUGGACAAUGUCAAAGCCCUGCACAAAACCGGCAAGUUCACGGACGGACAGCUGGUCAGUCAGAAAAGUGACUCCACUAAAGACAUCCGAGGUGACAAAAUCACGUGGAUAGAGGGGAGGGAGCCCGGCUGCGAGAAGAUCCGCUUUCUAAUGAGUCGCAUGGACGACCUGAUUAGACAUUGUAACGGCAAACUGGGAAACUACACAAUAAAUGGAAGGACAAAAGCAAUGGUGGCAUGUUACCCUGGAAACGGGACAGGAUACGUGCGCCAUGUGGAUAACCCCAAUGGCGACGGGCGGUGUGUGACAUGCAUAUAUUACCUUAAUAAAGACUGGACUGCCAAGGAACACGGUGGCCUUCUUCGAAUCUUCCCAGAAGGAAAGGCCCAGUUUGCCGACAUAGAGCCCAAAUUUGACCGUCUGCUGCUCUUCUGGUCAGACAGGAGGAACCCUCACGAGGUUCAGCCCGCCUUCGCCACCAGGUAUGCCAUCACGGUGUGGUAUUUUGACGCAGACGAGCGAGCCAGAGCUAAAGAAAAGUACUUAACUGGUGCAGGAGAAAAAGGAGUAAAGGUUGAACUCGGCAAAUCAUCGGAUCCCAGCUAAUGGGAAGCCUGCUCCCCCCCCCCUUCCCCCUCCAAACAGCCAUUAAGUGCUCUGUCCUAAGAAAGUGGCCUAUAGAGAGCAUGUGUGUGUGUUUUACAUGGCAAAACAGCUGACUUUUUGCUUGAGUGGGUGGAUGAUCCAUGCUUAUGGAGACAAAACAAACAAAUACAAAGUGAUUCCUGUUCAUUUUCAGCAAACCUGGGCAACCCAGCGGACCUUGAAUGUCAUGACAUUGUACUGAAAGGGAUUGUGUGGAUUGUUUUUUUUUUUUUUUUUUUCCUUUCACGUCUUCGGUGGAACGCUUACAUUACAGCAGACGUUUUCAGAAAAUCAAUUCAAACAGGAAUUAAGCUCAGAGAGAAUCUUCAUCUUUUGCAUAUUUUGGUUUUUGCAGUUAAUUUCUUAAAAGGUACAGUGUUCUGCAUAUGCUUGACGUGUUAUGCUUUUCACAUGGAAUCAGCUGUUAUAAGCUACUGUAUGGCAAAAUGUGCUUGAGUUUGCAAUAAUACGAGGAAUGAUCUGAAUUAAAAAAAAAACACCCUUUUUCUGACAGAAA